CUCAUCACUCAGCUGUCAAGCCCCUUCUGGAACAUCAUCUUGAGGUCGUGAUCAUGGUAGUGAUGGUGGUGGUGAUGAUGAUGAUGGUGGGAUCUCCAUUCAUCUUUACCACAGAGGUUGAUGCCGACUUGGUCUGCAACUAUCCAUUCAGCGAAAAGUUCAAGGACGUUUCGGCGUCCCCCGGAGGGAUCCUCAUCGGCGUUGGGAGCGACAGAGACGUCAAAAUUUGGUCCGGUUGCUCUUGGCGACCGAUGGGGGCGACGUUUGAUCGGAUAUCGAUCGGAGGCCGAGGUCGGGGUGCCGCAACGUCGAGUGGAGACCUCUACGCGUGGGCGAGAAACUACAACAAGUUGUACUACUACCACGGAUACGCGUGGUACCACGUGAUGGAUGGUGUAUUCACAUUCACUGGCAGAGCCCCGGGCUACAUCUACGCCACCAGCUCCAAGGGCGUCGUCUGCGCCAGGGCGUCUGCGCCCAGCAAGCGCCCGUCCUGGUUGACGACCUCAAUAAGUUUCCAGAUCAAUGACGCCAACAUUAAUCUCGUAGGUUGCUCGCCCAACGAAUGCUGGGCCUGCGACGACCUAUACCGGCUGUGGCGUAAGCCCAACGUUGACUGCGCCAACACGACGUGGGUGAGGGCGAGCGGUCCAGACGCUCCGGCUUUGCCCCAGAAAAUAGAGGUGGACUCUGCGGGUGGAGUCUACCUCCACGGAAACAAUGGGCUACUCUACCACAGGGCUGUGAAUGAAACGGCGUGGACUCAGCCAACUCCCAAUGGAUUAUUUCUGUCCUUCACUGUACACGAAUCUAACCUUAUCGAAAUAGAGACCACCGGGACCAUACGUAUAUGCAAACUGUGACACCCUUGGGACAUUGGCAUACUCUUCCACUCACACGGUUAUUCGCUCAACCACCCACUCACUCACCUGUUCGCCCCCUUACCCACCAACUCACCCACUCACUCGCCCACCCUCUCACUCAACCACCCACUCAUGCACCCACCGACUCACUCAACCGCCCACUCAUACACCCACCCACUCACUCACCCACCCACACACCCACUCUCUCACCCAUCCAAUCUCUCACCCAAAUACUAAUCCAGCCACUCUCUCCCAUUCACCCAUCUACUCUGUCAUCCACUCUCUCAAAUCCCACUCUCUCACCCACCCACUAAUCCACUCAUCAACCCACUCUCUCAACCACUCACUCAUUCACCCAUCCACCAACCUAUUUACCCACCCACUUACUCACACACUCACCUGCCCAUUCACCCACUUACCCGCUCACCCACUCAUUCACCCAUCCACUCGCCCUCCCACUCACUCACUCGCCCGCACACCCACUCACCCACGUGACAGAUACGUGGUAGUGGUAAGUCUUUUUAUU